CCGAGCCUCGUGGCCGGACAGCGCACAGCGCUACGCUCGAACGCAAGACGCACGAAACUCCGUCAGCGGGGGAUGGCGGACGAGAGGCGCCGCCCACAGCCGUAGCCGUGAGGGAGGCGACGCCGCCAUGGGCAACGCCCAGGUGAAGGCUUCCGCCAGCUUCGCCGGCAAGCAGCGCGGAAAGCUCUCCAAGAGCGUCCACUGGAGCCAUGCAGAGCGGCCGCCGCCUCCAGGGAAGCCCCGCUUGGUGCCGGGGACUCCCCACUUGCAGGCUGGCGUCGUCACCAUUCGCUGGGACCCGCCGCCGCGCCACGGCGGGGCGCCUGUCACGGGCUACCUGGUGGAGCACCGGCGCGCGGGCACGCCGCACUGGGUGCGCUCGACGCCUGCGCCGACGCUGCGGCCCGAAGCUGCGCUGUCGGGCCUGGAGCCCGGCUGGCGCUACCAGUUCCGCGUCAGCGCAGAGAGCGCCGCCGGCCGCUCAGAGCCCGGGGAGCUGUCGGAGCCGCUCACCGUGACGCUGGACCGGCCGCAGGCGCAGCCGCCACUCUUCACCGCAGAGCUGCGCGACGCCGUCGCCCUCGAGAACGACAAGGUGGAGUUCGUGGUGCAGUUCCGCGGCACGCCGGCGCCAGCCAUCUCGUGGUUCAAGGACGGCUUCGAGAUCUUCAGCAGCCGGCGCAUGAAGGUGGUCACGGAGGCGGAGCAGAGCUCGCUGGUCAUCUUCCAGGCGGCCUUCAGCGACGAGGGUGAAUUCAAGUGCGCCGCCACCAAUCGCGUCGGGCACGCAGUCACCCGCUGCAAGCUGCGCCUCGAAGCGCCGCCGCGCAUCCGGCUGCCGCGGCAGUACGAGGACGGGCUGCUGUUCGAGCGGGACGAGGUGAUCCGGCUGAAGGUGUCUGUGCUGGGGCGGCCGCUGCCGCGCGUCACCUGGCACCACAACGGCGAGCCCGUAGCCUUCGGCGGCCGCCACGAGGUCGUCAACACGGAGCGCGGCUCACAGCUGCGCGUCGCCGAGGCGCGGCGCUCCGACCGCGGCGAGUACCUGGUGAGGGCGACGUCGCGCCUCGGGGAGGACCACGCCUCCGUCCUCGUCACCGUCACCGAUAUCCCCCACCCUCCAGGGAAAGUGAAAGUGAUGUCUGCUCUUGGACGUUCUGUCACACUCUCAUGGUCUGAACCUGAUGACGAUGGAGGCUGCAAAAUUGGAAAUUAUAUUGUUGAAUACUACAGAUUAGGCUGGAAUGUGUGGUUAAAGGCAGCCACGUGCCGUCAGCUAAGUACCAUCCUUGGAGAUCUCAUUGAAGGUUCGGAGUAUAAAUUUAGAGUGAAAGCAGAGAACCCUUAUGGAGUGAGUGAGCCAAGUGAAGAAUCAGAUACUGUAUUCAUUCCUGACCCUAAGCGAGGACUGAUGGACCCACCUGCAAAGCGAGCAACACUUGAGAGGGAUGUACCACUAAUACCAGGUGGCAGAGCAACUACAAGUGAGGACCACUUGCCAACGGUGCCCAGAGAACCAGUAGCUAAGCGAUCAGCUAGUCUCACUAGAGCUGAUGAUCAGAAUAAGCAAACUCUAGUCAUUGAUAUCACAGGUAAACGUGGGAAUCUCAAGGCAAUGUCACCUGCUGGGAAGCCUGAUGUUCCUGAAAAUUUAGGGGAUGCUAUUAGAAGGUCCGAAAUAAAGAAGCCUCCUUCCUCUGCUAUUGAUACGAACAAGGUGAGCUCCGAAAAACCUAAUGCUCUCAGAAGCAGUGCCACCGGUAGCGGAGCUGCAAAGUCCGAGAACAACAGAGACGGUGAUAGUGUUGUGCCAGUGAAACCAGUGCGGACAGCCCACGGAGCGAAGGAAGCGGCCAGAGGUGUGAGUACCGGCGGCAGUGCGGCUGGGGCUGCGGCUGCAGCCCCACCAGCUGUGGUGCCCGCUGGCAGGGUAGACGACGACUCGCGGCCGCUGACGGUGGUGCAGCACGAAAAUGAGAACGACCGGCUGGCGCGGCGGAGGGAGCUGGUGCGCCGGGGGUCGAGCCAGGGACCGCGCGAGCAGGACGACCGGCUCGUGCACGGCAGCUCGGAGCUCAUGCUGCUGCUGGUGCCACAGGAGGAAGGUCAGAAAGAGCAGCGGACGCCGCGCGACAGCGAGGAGCGGCAGGUGGGGGCGGCGGCGGGGGCGGCGGCGGCGGCCGCGGUGCUGGAGCGGGAGGAGAGCGUGGCGCCGCCCAUGUCGCUGUCGGCGCCUGAGCUGGGCGGCGAGGACCCGGCGGGGGGCGGCGUUGACCCGGGCGGCCCGCUGCGCAACGCCGUCAGCUCGACCGAGCUGCUGCACGACCGCGCCAACGCGCGCUUCUUCCAGGAGGCGGAGCAGCGCCGCAUGCUGCGCGACCGCGAGCGCGCCGAGCAGCAGCAGCGGCAGGCGCGCACUCUGGUGGCCGCGCGCGCGCCGCCGCACCACGCCCUCCACAGGCAGACCACCGACACGUCGGAGGAGGCGAUGGAGGAGGACUCGCUGGAGGAGAGCGACGGGUCGGCGGACGAGCGGGACUUCGAGGCGGAGGAGAACCGCGCGUGGCGCAGCCGCCUGCAGCGCGGGCUCGCAGACCGCCUCGACGACGAGGAGGACACCUACCACCCGCCACGCGUGCUUGCAGCCGCUCCAGCUCCAGUCGCAGUUCCGGCCCCAGCCGCCGCUCCGGCAGACGCCAAGGCACCACCAGCGGCUCCGGCGCAGACUGCCUGGGAGAGAGUUAACGGUGCUCUACCGCAGCAACAGCAGAAGCAGCCGCCACAAGAAACAGCUCUGGAGAACCGAGAGCCGCAGGCUGCAGUUUCUGAGAGGGAGAGGGCGGAGGAAGAGGACGAGAGGCAGGACGAGGAGGCGCAGCUGCGCGCCGCGGCGGAGGCGGCCCGCCGGCGCCGGAUCGCCAUGGCGUCGCGCCAGGCGUCGCUGGAGGAGGAGGCGGCGAUGCGGCAGGCCGUGUCCAGCCACUACGGCGAGCUCAUCAGCGACCUGGCGUCGCGGCGCUCGCUGCGCACGCGCGCCUACGCCGCGCUGCUCGACGCCGACCAGCUCAAGGCCGCCGCCGACGACGCGGAGCGCCGCCAGGCGUCUCCCCUCCCGGAGGAGGAUCGCGCGGAGGAGGAGGAGGCGCCGCCCGAGCACGAGCUGAGGGGCAUCCUCAAGAGCGCCAAGGUGGCGGAGCCCGCCACUCCAGCUGUGGCCAGAGCGCCGCCGCGGCGGAUGUCCUCCGAGGAGAGCGGGCCGGCCGAGGAGGAGGAGGAGGAGGAGGAGGUGCAGCAGAGGUUCCGCGAGGACACGCCGGUGGUGCGCGAGCGGCUGGGCGGGGCGAGCCCGCUGCGCUCGCUGGGCCGGUCGCCGCUGCUGCUGCACCAGCUGGGCCGCAGCCGCUCCUCCGAGGACAGCUACAGCUACGACGACGACGAGGACGCGGGCCCGGCGACGGUGCCGGCGCGCUACCACCUGCUCGAGGAGGAGGAGGGCGGCCCCGAGCCGGCGCCCGUGCACCGCGACGACGGCGCGCCGCUGCGCAUCCCGGCGCGCGCGCUGGCGCGCUCUUCGUCGCGCGAGGAGUCGGACGACGCCGACCCGGAGCGGGUGUACCGCGAGCGGCUGGAGCAGCUGCGGCGCGAGCAGCGCGAGUGGGAGGCGCGCCGCCGCCGCGAGGAGCAGCUGUGGCAGCUGCGCCGCCGCCAGCUGCAGCUGCUGCAGCCGCAGCCGCAGGCGCCGCCGCCCGAGGCGGUCCGCCGGCGCGUGCGCUCGUGGUUCGAGUUCCUGAGCGACGCGGCACUGCUGGGGGUCGCCUGCUGGCUCUACCUGUUCGUGGACGAGUUGCUGGUGGUGCCGCUGCUCGUCUUCCUCGUCUACGGCCAGCUCAGCGCCGCCGUCCGCCGCCGGCUGCCGCGCCUGCCGCGGCUCCCCUUCCGCCGGCGGCAGCCCGCACCGCCUCAGGACCAGUAGCUCUCCUACAGACCGACACCUCUGUCCGACGUGUUCCGGAAUCCAGAGUUCUGAAUCCGCCCUAGUUACUCGUCAAGAAGGUUCAAAUUUAAUUACACACUUGCCGAACUUUUUGGGGCCACUUGUUGACCUGUCACCACUGGAUCUCCCUCCGAGGUUUGCCGAGCGAUUCGUCAGACGUUUCACCGGGCAUUCUCAAAGAAUCGACCUCCAUUGCUACUUUUGUAUGUCCAUCUUUUUAGCAGGAGGUCACUGGGACGACGGCCGUUUACUGUCGUGACAAAAAAUAAAAACACCUACAGCCAUCCUUAUGAUUUCAAUUUAUAUUGGAACAAAUAAGCCCUCGGUCACAAAUAUCAAGUCAAAAUUGACCUGGUUUCGACGCUACUAUGAGCGUCGUCUUCAGAAUUAGCCUGUUGUUGUUGUUGUUGUCGUCUUCAGUCCUGAGACUGGUUUGAUGCAGCUCUCCAUGCUACUCUAUCCUGUACAAGCCUCUUCAUCUCCCAGUACCUACUGCAACCUAUAUCCUUCUGAAUCUGCUUAGUGUAUUCAUCUCUUGGUCUCCGUCUACGAUUUUUACCCUACACGCUGCCCUCCAGUACUAAAUUGGUGAUCCCUUGAUGCCUCAGAACAUGUCCUACCAACUGAUCCCUUCUUCUACUCAAGUUGUACCACAAACUUCUCUUCUCCCCAAACCUAUUCAAUACUUCUCAGUAAUUAUGUGAUCUACCCAUCUAAUCUUCAGAAUUCUUCUGUAGCACCACAUUUCAAAAGCUUCUAUUCUCUUCUUGUCCAAACUAUUUAUCGUCCAUGUUUCACUUCGAUACAUGGCUACACUCCAUACAAAUACUUUUAUUAUCCUGAUAACGACAUCCUCUUGAGUAGUCCCCGCCCGGAGAUCCGAAUGGGGGACUAUUUUACCUCCGGAAUAUUUUACCCAAGAGGACGCCAUCAUCAUUUAACCAUACAGUAAAGCUGCAAGCCCUCGGGAAAAAUUACGGCCGUAGUUUCCUCUUGAUUUCAGCCAUUCGCAGUACCAGCACAGCAAGGCCGUUUUGGUUAGUGUUACAAGGCCAGAUCAGUCAAUCAUCCAGACUGUUGCCCCUGCAACUACUGAAAAGGCUGCUGCCCCUCUUCAGGAACCACACGUUUGUCUGGCCUCUCAACAGAUACCCCUCCGUUGUGGUUGCACCUACGGUACGGCUAUCUGUAUCGCUCAGGCACGCAAGCCUCCCCGCCAACGGCAAGGCCAGAACUAGACUAACUGUUCUAAAACAUACUAGGUAUAUAGUACAUUAAUAAAAUUAAAGUUUGUACUGACUGGAAAAGAUGUAGUAGUUACAAGUCACAUAUUAAAAAAGAUCUGAGCCCGAAAGGCGAUGUCAUGAACAUUUGUGAGAUGGGGAGCCGCUAAGGGCUGCUCGUACUGUGAGCAAGGGUUGCAAAGGUUUUCCAGUCAGUGCAAACAUUAAUUUUAUUAAUGUACUGUACACCUAAUAUGUUUUAGAACAGUUAGGCUAAUUCUGAAGACGACGCACAUAGUAGCGUCGAAAUCAGAUCAAUUUUGACUUAAUAUUUGUGACCGAAGGCUUAUUUGUUCCAAUACAAUUCUGACACGGUCACUGAACCUUAGCAGCUAUGUUCAAAGUUCUAGAUUUCAAUUUAUUUUGUCGCUACCAGUUUCAACAGCUCACUGCGUUAUCUUCAGGCUGUCUUUGAUGCGGUACAGGUUGAUAUGAUCCCCAUGCAUAACGCAUCAGUUGCCAGCAUUACUGGAUACGCAGAUAAUGUGUUGAUGGUUGGAGUGCUGACGCAUUAUCUGCGUAUCCAGUAAUGGUGGCAACUGAUGGGUUAUGCAUGGGGAUCAUAUCAACCUGUACCGCAUCAAAGACAGCCUAAAGAUGACGCAAUGAAGUGUUGAAACUGGUAGCAACAAAAUAAAUCAUAAGGACGGCUGUAGGUGUUUUAAUCUUUUGUCCAUUGCUACCGGCGAUGACAGGCUUGACUCCAGUGCACCACCAACAAUGGACGGUGCAUCUCUCACGCUUCCAUCCUCUUAGCUGGCGUAACAUCAGGAAAAUCAUUAAUCAAACUUCGGACGAAGAUCCAGACACGAAAGCAAAAAGGCAGUAUACAAGUUUAGUUAUUUUGCUUCGUGAAAUAUAACUCGGAUAUGAAUAAUCUAUUUAGAAAUGGAAACAGCGACUUCUACUGACUACAAACACAGCUUAUGCAAGAUGUGGGAUAGUCUAUUCAAACCGUUUUCCUUCGCUGCACCGAACAUCAGCAGCACAUCAGGCACAGAAACCUAGCGAAAUCAGCUGUUGGAAAACACAGUCUUACGGAUAAGCUCAAAUUUUUUUGUCAGCGGACACGCGUUCUCCACACACUCUAAUCAACUGUCACUUCAUAGUCACAAAGGCUGUGCCUCAGCUACGUUAAUGAAUGCACAGGAUUCACAUUGAGCACUGUCUGGAAGUGGGCACCAAACACUGAGUGUCUGUGUAAUAAUUUUUCUUCUUUUCACUCUACACCCAAGGAGUAGAGCGGUCUCUCUGAGAUGGGCCUGUUACGUAUUCACAGUUCUUUUCAGCAAACAUCCCAGAAGAAUGCAAAUGUAGCAUUCGGAAUCUCCACUGGGGACAAUUGGGAGGGCACUUCAACUUCUCGCAUUCGCCUAGUAACCAAGUGAAACCUUCAGAAAACCUUGACCAGAACCAGGCAAUUAAAACUCUUUUAACUUACUCAAAAUGAAAAUUUAGCUACUGUUUAUUGUCACAUAUGUAUUUUUAGUGUGCAUAUGUGCCACUGCAUAUGUCUUUAUUGUUGUAUAUUUGUUUUUGGUGCGUGUAUGUGACACUGUACGUGUGAGACUGUGUAGCAUACUGUCCCAUAUCAUUCGUCGUCAUGGAGAGAAAGACGCUAUUGAGUGACAUUUCAUUGUUGGCGUCAAUAGAAUCUAUGACCGUAGUGGACAAUACUAAUUCUGUUAGUUUUUCGGCAGUCAUUGAUUUUACCAAUAAAGACAGAAAUGGUUAUUGUCAAACGCUCAGAUUUUCAUAGUUAAUUAAUGCAGCAAGCACAUCGAGAACAGUAUAUGCACGUUAUAAAUUACGUAGAUUAUUCAUAUCCAAUUUAUAUUUCAUAAAAUAAAAGUGUUUAACUGGGGUUCAUCGUCUUAAAUAAACUUGUGACAAUUCCAGCCUUUUGUAAAACCGUUCCUCGAAUGGCGAGGGUCAUAAGCAGUUACUAAGUCCCCGUUAUACAGCGCACGAACUUCCUUUUUUUUAACAUUUGUCAUCUAAUUAUGGCCCAUGACCUAGAAACAAAAAUGGACCAUAGAAUGGUUUACUUGAUAUACAACUAAGUAACUACUUCAGUGAAUAUUUGAUUACAGUUUUAAAUCAUAAUACAUUACGAAUUAUUGUAUGGCCACUUAGCAUGAACAGGUAAAUCUUAUCCAAUAUUUCCAUUCUUGCCAUCGAGAAAGCAGGCCUGCUGACUUCUUUCUUUUUUAUUUAACUGGAAACAACCUCACCAACAACAAAAACAUUCGUCAAGAAACAAACAUUCUUGUAAUAAGAACUCUAAAGUAUGAUAUUACACCGAAACAACUUUAGACCAGCGUGCCGUACCUGUAUACGGUGGAGACGAUCACUCAGUUGUCCGUGAAUCGUGCGACACGGAUUUGGUAACUGCUUAGGUCCAUCAGCUGCAGCGCCUAUGUAAGCUGUCUGUCGAAACACUGAGCAAAAAAUAAAAUCGUCGAGAGACUGGACACUCAAAAAAUGUACCUCUAAUUUCAGACAUCCGCUGUGUCUUGCCGCACCAAAUUUCUAAAUAAUAAUAAUAGAAAAAGAUCUCUGUAAUGUCAGUUAUUCUCGAAUUUUCCUGCGUUACUUGGAUUUGUACCUCUGAAAUAUUUUCUUGCAUGUCUGAAACACUUUCUCAUUUAUGCAUGUGGUAGGCAAAAUUCUAAAACCGAGAAAAAAUUUUCUUGAAUUUCUUUUUCGUGAUAAUGUGUAUUUAGCACUCUUUGUAUCCUGAAUACGUAGACUCUAAUGAGCUGCAAACACCUAUUGACCAUAAAGUUAUGUAUAGAUUUCAUAUGUACAGUUAUAUCAAGAAAUGACUGGUUAUUUCAUCCUCCCCUAAAUAUCAGUGUUUUUCUAACGGAAUUAUUAAAUAUUCACUCUGUCAGACACAAAGCCUAGAGCGAGAGAGGCAUUGUAUCGAAUUCUGUCUGUUCUGUUUUUUUUUUCUUUUUUCUCUGCCAUGUUUAUCAAAUUAUAUUUGUAAAAGUGAACCAUUUACAUUUUAAAUCAAAUUACAGUUACUCCAUAAAUUAUGAACACCAGAGGCCACUGUGCAACUGGACUGAGACGAGGUCUUUCAGUUCAGAAUUAAUCGGAAACUGUACUGCUAUCGGCAGUUUUUGGAGAUGUUCCGACUCUUCCAGAUACAGAGGGAACCCGUAUUACAGUUCUCAGAGCUUUCCCGGUACGUGGCUACUGGUGUUUGCAUUCACAGUUAAUUUUAAUUCUGGGUGGCGAAAUACUAAUUCCUCCGCGUGUGUAGAGCCACCAGAAUGUGAUGAGGGAUGCAGUUCUCUGUUAUUCACAACUGUCGAAUGACCCGAGUAGCUGUCGUCUGUAUGUUUUAAGUCAACCUUGUAGUAUACCUACACCUCCUCAUCUAGCCAUUGUACUUCAGCAUCUCCGUAAUUACCUUCCGUCUUUGUUAUACUGACAGCCCUAGACGGGUCCACGCAGCACAGUACACGCAUCCACGCGUGUCAUCAUUUGUGUGUUUUGUAUAACAUAACUGAUAACGUGGUUACGUGGUUACCUCCGUUUUCGGAAUUUGUGAUAGAGCUAAAUACUGUUCUCUGUCCCUUUGGUGGCUAAACCAAAGGAAUCCGAACACUGCCGCAAAUGACGAUUUCCGUCCUACUUUUUUUCCCCUUUUCUGUUAUCAUUAGUAGAAUAUCGUGCUUUCGCGGUUGAUGUCAUGUAAAACUGCUCAUUGUGGUGGCACGGCAGCUAACACUUUUUCAGACGUUCUGUCCAAGAAAUGUACAGUGAAUGAUUUGCGGUAGAAACGUGUCAUAUGUAUUAUCCACACGCUGUAGCAAAAAGAACAAAUCUAGCGUUUUAGCAAGAGAACAUAAUACAGGGAGAAGGACGAUGGAGUGGUCUAUUCUAGUUAAGACCUAAUUAAGACUUUACUACCAGAAAUAAACGUUUUAAAGUCGUAAUAUUCCCUUUCUCGUGUAUUGUAACGACAUUUAGUCUGAUGUAAUUUAUUGUGCUACUUCAAUUAUUUUGGCGGACAGAAUAAUCAGAUACAUAAGUAACUAAAGGGGGCGAGAUAGGUGAAAGGGGAGGUGGGAGAGGGAAAUCAGUGACCACCGAGAGUUUGCGUAACAGUAACAGUUCUUAACACCGAAGAACCAAGAUACCGGCGAUUGUGAACUUAAUUGCUGACUGCUCCUUUGUUCCGUGAGUGAUCUGCACACAUCGAUCGGCGAUUCCGCUUGGCUCGACUCGCGCGACCGUGCAUCCUUUUCGUGUGUGCCUGCUUUCUUCUGCAGACAACAGCUUGAAUGGCCGUUGUCAUCUCCACGGUCUAAUUAAAGAGGGAACCUGCAGCCAGCGUUCAGCACAACAGAAAUAAAUACCUGUGCCCUCACUCAGAGUCGGCUAUCUUUAGAGCGGUCCGCGGCGACUAAUCCCCUCGAGAUUGCUGCAGCUCGCUCCGAACGCUGGGCCCAGGAACACGGUUCGCACCUCGCUCGCAACGUCAGUACUAAAACGUGACAAGAGGUUUCUCUCCCAUUUCAUCCCAGCGAAUAUAGGCAAAAGGUCUCUACACUGUGAACAAACACAAUCUCGUCGUUAUUCGUAGCUGGAAACGAAGCAGCGAAAUACGUAAAACUGACUUUUCAGUUACGUGUUCAGCGUCGUAGAUUCUCCCUCCUUCUUGCUAAAACUUACGCGGCUAUUCUCUGCUAACCGCUCCACACUGUGUGCUGCAGGAUAUGGGCAACUACACAUGAACGAUAAGAGCAAACGCUGAUAUCUGCCUGGAUCGGAAGUACCACGCUUCUGUCGCAGUUUCUAUGACAUCUUACGGUCGCGAAAGGUAAACAUGGCACCUCUAACAUUUGUAAAUCGUUAGUUAGUUCACUGUUUACGUUACCUGCUCUUGUAAUGAAAGACAUCCUUAGCGCUUAAUUUCUUCCGAAAAUAAUUUCUUCACCAAGGAAAGAGAAAGGCUUGUCAAGCUGUCUGCAAGUAUGUGCAUGACAUUUGUAAAUUAUUUGCCUUGUUUGUAAAAUAAAUUACGAGAAAAGCA